CGAAGAAACACUAGCACUGAUGUAAUUGGAACUUGUCGGUUUUCCCAUAGUAUAUAGCAUUUUGCUUAUCCUCUUUUACUUUAAACAAUAUUAUUAUUUUUAGUAAUCUAAUUUAGAAAAUACUAUAAUUAAUGACAACAACCAAAAUUAGAAAUUUUCGUUCCUGAGUCUAAAGAUGUCUAAAUCCAGUCAUAGUUUAUUAUUUUAAAUAAUUGCUCCAGAAAGUCAAGACUUGUCUCGUAUAAUUUUAAUUAUGUUGAAAAAGAAAAUUAUAUAUUCAAUUAUUAAUAAAAAAAUGUUUAAGAUUUUCAGAGCACAUUCAUGCAAGAACUUUUAAUCCGUGUCUGCAUUAUGAUUUUAUUUUUAAUAUUUAUAAAAAAAUUACAUGCUUGGACCAAAUGCAUAAUAAUUUAUUUAAAUUUCCCAACAAAAUAAUUAAAGAGAAAAAAAGCCAAUAUGUCCAAUGGAAGAAAACCAACCACAGUUCUUUAAACUUACCCAGAAAUGAAAAAAAACAAAGAAAAGUAUUUUUAGAUGCAUUGUUGGAGUUAAAUGAUAAAGGAGCAAAUUUUUCAAACAAAUAUUUAAGAGAUGAAAUAUUAACUAUGAUGCUUGGAGGCAGUGAGACUAGUUCUAUAACCAUUUGUUUUUGUAUUUUAAUGUUAGCUAUCCAUCAAGACAUACAGGAUAAAGUUUAUGAAGAAAUCUACCAAAUAAUGGGAGACUGUGAUCGAAUUUUAACAAUUGAUGAUACGGUUAAGUUUGUAUAUCUGGAACAAUGUAUCAAGGAAACUCUUCGAUUGUACCCUGUAGCACCAAUAAUAGUGAGAUAUCUUCAAGAUGAUGUCAAAAUAAGUAACUACACAAUUCCAAAAGGCACAACCAUAAUUAUACCACCAAUAGCCACCCAUCAUUUACCAGAAUUAUACCCAAAUCCUUGGGAGUACAACCCAGGCAAUUUUGAUCCAGAAAAGGUUGCUCAACGACAUAAGUGUAGUUUUAUUGCGUUUAGUGAUGGACCUAGGAAAUGUAUAGGGGAAAAGUAUGCAAUGCUAUUUAUGAAAGUUCUUCUAUCGACAUUUUUACGUAACUAUAGUGUACAUACUAAAUGUAAAAUGUCUGACAUAAAGUUAAAACUCGAAUUUAUGAUGAAAAGCGUUCAUGGAUAUCAAGUAACAAUAAGUCCAAGAGACAGAAAACCAAUUCACAAAGUAAAAUUUAAUGAAAAAAAUGUUUAACAUAAUUAUAAUACAUACAAUUUUGUUUUAAUUUUAAUUAUUAUAAUAUUUAUAAUUUUACAAUAAAGAGACAAAAAACCAACUAACAAAGUAAAAUUAAACGAGAAAAAUGUUUAGUGUAAUUUUAUAAUAUGCAUUGUAACUUAUAAAACUUAACAUUAAAAUCAUUAUACACCUUA